AUGAUAUCCCUCUACCAGUGUGGAACUAUGAUCUACCUCUAUCACUAUGGCACCAUAGUUUCUCUUUACCAGUAUGGCACCAUGAUCUCCCUCUACCAGUAUGGCACCCUAAUAUUCUAUCAUCAGGCUGUCGAGAGUAGUUCCAGCCACAAUAAGUGUACGUGUCCCAGUAGAGUACGUGUCCCAGGAGAGUACGUGUCCCAGGAGAGUACGUGUCCCAGGAGAGUACGUGUCCCAGGAGAGUACGUGUCCCAGGAGAGUACGUGUCCCAAGAGAGUACGUGUCCCAGUUGUUGCCCCUCCCACCAGUCCCAUCACUGUUGGUCCCACCGGCCCCACCAGUCCCAUCACUGUUGGUCCCACCGGCCCCACCAGUCCCAUCACUGUUGGUCCCACCGGCCCCUUCCCACCAGUCCCAUCACUACAGUUGGUCCCACCGGCCCCGCCAGUCCCAUCACUGUUGGUCCCACUGGCCCUGCCAGUCCCAUCAUUGCUGGUCCCACCGGCCCCACCAACCUAUCACUGUUGGUCCCACCGGCCCCGCCAGUCCCAUCACUGCUGGGUCCCACCGGCCCCGCCAGUCCCAUCACUGUUGGUCCUACCGGCCCCGCCAGUCCCAUCACUGUUGGUCCCACCGGCCCCAGUCCUCAUCACUGUGUUGUCCCACCCGGCCCCGCCAGUCCCAUCACUGUUGCUCCCACCGGCCCCGCCAGUCCCAUCACUGCUGGUCCCACUGGCCCUGCCAGUUCCAUCACUGCUGGUCCCACCGGCCCCUGCCAGUCCCAUCACCAGUUGGUCCCACCGGGCCCUCGCCAGUCCCAUCACUGCUGGUCCCACCGGCCCCGCCAGUCCUAUCACUGUUGGUCCCACCGGCCCCACCAGUCCCAUCACUGUUGGUCCCACCGGCCCCACCAGUCCCAUCACUGUUGGUCCCACCGGCCCCACCAGUCCCAUCACUGUUGCUCCCACCGGCCCCGCCAGUCCCAUCACUGUUGCUCCCAUCACUGGCUUAUCCCAUCACUCUGACUCGUCCCACCAUUUCGGAUAG